UAACAUUUGAAAUAAGUGGUGGUGCGUUUUGUACUCAGCGCUAUUUGAAAUUUUAACAUAAAAGAGCUCGCAACCAGCGUAAAAUAUUCAUGUGAAAGUUUGGCUUAUUGUAUGGAGAUAAAAAAAAUGAACUCGUUUUUACACGCAUUAUUGAUGGCACUUGCUUUUGGUGAAUUCUCGGGACACAUGAAAAAUUCUCGCGCACAGAUCAUUGGCGGUGUUCAAGCUGAAGCAACGGAUUUCCCUUACCAUGCGCUGGUAAUGCGAGUCGAAAGGAUUGAAGGAACUCCCAACUUUCAUUUGUGCAGCGGUACGAUUUAUUCGAAAUUUAAAAUCAUAACAGCUGCUCACUGUGUUAAUUACGAAGAUAAAAUGUUGAUUCGUGUUGGUUCGAAAAAUAUAAGCAGUGGUGGCGAGACUAGAGAAAUCCUUCCGCAAAACAGGGUAAUACACUUUAAAUAUAACGAAUCCACGAUGAAAUAUGACAUUGCUGUGCUGCUGGUGUCUGAAGCUUUGCCUAUUGGUACAGCAACCAUUGACAAAAUAGAUUUGGUGGAAAAAAACUAUGAAUAUGUAGAUAAUACCAUGCUAACUGUAGCCGGAUUUGGUGGAACUGAAUAUACUGAAGAUAUAGAAAAGAUUAAAUAUUCGGAUACACUACAAUAUCUUGACGUUCCAGUGGCAAAUUUCAAAAAAUGUCAAACUAGAUACGCCGUAAAAAGACGCAGUCAAUUUCGAGUAACUGACAAACAUUUUUGUGCUGGUUAUUACGACAACAAGCGAUGUUUCUUCUAUGGAGAUUCAGGAGGCCCGAUUGUUGACAGAGCACGUAAUAAACAAGUUGGCAUCGUUUCGAGUAGCUUACCUAACUUACCCGGAGUCUUUGUUAAGUUGUCUGAUCCCGAGUUCCAAGAUUGGAUUGAAAAACUAAACUUUAAAACAGCAAAGAAGCUAUUUAAAGAAAUUCAGAUCGCUUCAUCGAGCACACAAAAGCCAAGAUGGAAAUAAUUUUUUCAAACUAAAAUAUGUUAGUUCUUCAAAAAAAGAUUAUAGAUAUUUUGUUAGGUGAAAAAUAUAUUUGAAAUUAACCUGUGCUA